AUGUUCGAAGUCUUGCGUCUCUACACGGCACAAAUCCAUAUCAUCGAAACAAUCUCGAACACCGCAGACACUAAAGACUUCCCAGGCCUACAUCUCGAUCCCGACGUCUACCGCAACAUCAACCUCUCAGCCGGCGAAAAGGGAUCUGGAUCGGAUGAAUUAGACUUCCGACCAACAAGAUGGUUGAGCGGAAGCCAGCAGACUUUCUUCCAACCUCCAAAGGGCUCCUUUUUGCCAUAUUCGGCUGGUGCUUUUCAUCACAUCAUGUCCGAUCACAUCCGCCCACCUGUCUAA